AUGGAAGAGUUACAAAAGGGUGUCCUUUACUAUCAGGCCCUGGUGGCCAAUGGGUUGAUCGAAGGAGAACCUGGUAUGGUUCCAAGCGCAUAUCCAGGUUUAGAACCUGAGGAAUAUCUGGAGAUAGACUAUGAGUACGGGAAAUCUAAUGAGCAGAUGGAAAAACUAGGGGACAUUGAGGAAGUCCCUAGCAAGCCUCGUUCUUUAGAGAUGAUACAAGACCAUCCCGCAGCACCGGAGGAUUCCACCAAUUGGAUGUGCUCCUUAGAGGAGGAGGUUGACACCCUCAGACAACAACUUUUAACAGCAAAAGCUUGA